GAGUUGGUUCUUUUUCCGGUUUAGCCGUAGUGGUCGAGGACCCUCCUGUUCCUCCACUUCAUCCUCCGCUACUGGUGCUGGUAGAACUAGAAGAAGGAGAAGGAGCACCACCGGGGGAACUGCUGCUGGGAGUAUCAUUAUUAUUGUUGCUGUUGCCUGCUUCUUGGUAG